GAUUAUUCAAUUUCAAAUCCGAUGGCCUCAUCAUUAGAUGAUCAUAAUAGAAGCGGUUUUAUGAGAGCCAAUCAACAGCAACAUUUACAACAAUUACAACAAAUUCAAUUACAACAACAUUUAGCACACCAACAAAACUUUCAACUUCAAAACCAUUUUCAGUUUUAUCCUCCCAAUCAACAUCAGUUUCAAAUUCAUCAUAACCCUCAUCAAUCAUAUAUUAAUUCAAUUCCCUCACCAAGCGGUAAUGGUACAAUAGUUGGCAGUAAUGGUAUUACACCAAGUAAUGAACCAUCUAAUCAAUAUUAUUAUAAUGUAUAUUUAGGAAUUUAUAAUCAAAUAAAUAACCUUUGUCAAAAAGUUAAUAUUCAAGAGGAAAAACUAUUGUUCCUUCAGUCUAUUGCAAAGCAAAAUGAUGAUAAAUUUAAAGAGAUUGAAAGCCAACUUAUUUCACUGUCACAAAAUAUUGUAGGCGAGGAUAAAUUUAAAGAUUUGGGUAUGUCACCACUUAUAACUACUUCAUCACCCGUUUCAUCGUCUACCACACCUAAUGGUUCUACUGGUUCUUCAAAUUCCUCUGUUUUGCAUUUAGGGUCACCAAGCGGAGCACAGUCUAUGCAUAUCCCAUGCCAAAGCUCUUCGGUUUCGCCUAUUUUGCCCCCAUUGGCUUUACCUUUAGCCCAAUCACCCCACCAACAACCCUUAAUGCAACUUUCACCCCACCAACAACCCCAAGCCCAAUUAGUUUUAUCACCACAACAAAAAAUUUUAAACUCACCCCAAUUACCACUACAACAAUUACAACAAACCUUAUAGGCAAAAAAAAAAAAAUCAUAUAUAUAUACAACUUUUUUUUUUCUUUUUUCUUUUUUUUUUUUUAUCAAUUUUAAAAAUAUAUUUGGCAAAUAACAAUGGUUUUUAAAGAACUUAUAUAAUAACCCUCCUUCGAUCCCUUUUAAAUAUAUAUUUUUACAAUAGAUAUAUUUAUAUUAUGGUUAUUCUUUUAUAAUAUAAUAAUUUAAUUUUUAGUAAUUAUUUAAUUAUAAUUUACAUGUAUAAUAUUUACAAAAAAAAAAAAAAUUUUAUUUUCCUUCAUUAAAAAAAAAUAAAUUUAAAAUUCAAUAUUUUUAAAAUAUACAUAU